AUGGCCAAGGUUCUAAAAACCCGAUUCGGCGACGUCUAUGUCCAAAAGGACAUCAUCCAAGGCGACUUUGACAAUAUUCCCAUCAUCGACCUUUCGCUGAUGAGCAGUUCGGAUCUGGAGGAGAGGAAGAAGCUGGCUGCGCAGAUCUAUGAUGCGUGUUCCCGUGUGGGGUUCUUCUAUAUCAAAAAUCAUGGCGUACCAGAAGAACUGGUCGACAAGAUCCAUGACAUGGCGCACAAAUUCUUCAGUCUCCCGGAGGAUCAGAAGAUGGAGUGCUUCAUUGGCAAGUCGCACCGCUUCCGCGGUUUCAGCCCCCUCUACGGCGAGCACGGCGAUACCGAAAUCUACGGAAAGCACACCGGCAACCUCUCUGAGGCCUUCGACAUCGGGUACGAAAUCGCGGGUGACCGGCAGAAAGGCCCCGAUGACAAGCUGCCUCUGGACAACUUCAGUCUUUACGGGGGCAACCAGUGGCCCAAGGAGGAAUACCUGCCUGGCUUCAGAGAGACGUACUUGAACUAUUUUGCUGAAGUCCUCGAGCUGAGUCGCCGGCUGCUGAAGAUCUUCGCCCUCGCGCUGCACCUGCCAGAGGAUUACUUCGACUCGAUAGUGACGUAUCCCGGGUGCAUCUCGCGCUUAAUGCAUUACCCUCCGCAGCCAGUGCCUGGGGAGGAAUGGGUGGGCAUCCAGACUCAUACGGAUUAUGAAUGCUUCACCAUCCUAUCCCAGGAUGACGUCCCGGCUUUGCAAGUGUUGAAUACGCACGGCCAAUGGGUUGCUGCGCUGCCGAUUAAAAAUCACUUCGCUGUCAACAUUGGCGACUUUUUCGCCUUUUGGACCAAUGGCAUCUUCAAAUCGACGCUACACCGUGCCACAAACCUGACUGGCAAGGAGCGCUUCUCGAUUCCGUUCUUCUUUGGCGUCAACUACGACGCUACAGUGUCCGUUCUUGACACCUGCGUCUCGGCGGAGAACCCGGCCAAGUCUCCACCGAUCAAAGCUGGAGAGCACGUGCGCCAGCAGCUCUCUAAAACUUAUGUUGGAUAUGGCGAGAAGACUCCGGCUGAGAGGAUGGCAAACGUUGGCGCGAUUGCAGCAUGA